CUUGUAAACUUCUCCACGAGCUCGGUCAGUCAGUGAGUGAGUGAGUGAGCGAGCGAGCGAGCGGCGGACCGUUGGGCCGUUGGUGCCGCGUCUGUCUCUGCGCUGAAACGGAACUCCUCCGUGCGUCAGUAUGAGCUAAUUAUAUCUAAUUAACGGUUCAAUUCGGUAGUUUGGAGAAGCGAGAGAUAAAUUAAAACCCUCUGGAGAAAUGGAGGCGGUGAGCAAGUGGACCCCGCAACAAGUGGUGGACUGGAUGAGAGGUCUGGACGACAGUCUGCAGCAGUACAUCCCGUCCUUCCAGCAGCAGCAGGUGGAUGGGGAGAAGUUGCUCAGGAUGUCCCACCAGGAGCUGCUGCCUCUGGGCGUGUCGCGGGUCGGACACCAGGAGCUGGUGCUGGAGGCCGUGGAUCUGCUCUGUGCACUGAACUAUGGCGUGGAGUCGGACAACCUGAAGACUCUGGUGGGGAAGAUGAGAGUGGCGCACCACAACCUGAGCAGCGCAGUGUCGCAGCGUAGGAAGAACCCCGCCUACCACAGCAAAAUCUCCCAUCAGCCCUCCAACGAAUUCCUGACCGCCGUGGUUGAGCUGAUCGGAGCCGCCAAGAGUCUGCUGGGCUGGCUGGACAGGACUUCUCUGACGAGCGCCAACGACUUCACCUCCACCAAAAGCAGAAUCAUCCAGCUGUGUCUGGAGCUCACCUCCACCGUCCAGAAGGACUGUACUGUUUAUGAGAUUGAGGAGAAGAUUCUGGAAGUGUCCCGAGCUCUGAACGGCAUCUGCGAGAAGACGGUCCAGGCGGCUUCUGACCCCUUAAAGAGUGAGAUGGCCUGUCUGGAGGAGGUGCACAUCACCAACAUCAAGCCUGGGGAGGGACUGGGUAUUUACAUCAAAUCCACCUACGAUGGGCUUCACGUCAUCACAGGAACAACAGAGAAUUCUCCUGCAGAUAAAACCCAGAGGAUUCACGCUGGAGAUGAAGUCGUUCAGGUCAACAAACAGACAGUGGUGGGCUGGCAGUUGAAGCACCUGGUGGAGAAGCUGAGGGCGGAGUCUGGAGGCGUCGUCCUUGUGGUGAAGAAGAGGCCGUCUGGAAUAUCCGGCGGCUUCGCACCCGCUCCACUGAAAAACCUGCGCUGGAAACCGCCACGCGUACAGACCUCUCAGGGAGCUCCGGGUCUCUACAGAUCUCGACAGCCAGAAACUUCCGAUGCUUCUGGGAAGAGAGGGAAGACAGCCAUAUUGGAUUUGUACGUCCCUCCUCCCCCUGCAGCACCUUACGUACCGCUAGAUGCGAACAUGAACGUUUCUCCAGGUGUGAAAAUGAGGCCGAAGUCUCCAAACUCAUGUCUGGACGCAGACGUGCGGCGGCGCUUCACUGUUGCCGACGACAACAGGACGUCCGUCAACCCCCCACCUGAACUCAACCAACCAAUCCCUGUAUGCCUCAGACAGCGCUCCUCUACACGCUGUAAACCUCGACCCGUCUCCAUGCCGGUGGAGUCGUUUUCAGGUGUGUCGGAUCGGUCCUCCAGGCCCGGGGCUCAGGGAAGGAAAGGGCAGGACGUUCUGCACAGAUAUCUGAGUAACGAGGGAAUCAGCACCAUCACAGAGGAGGAGCCAUGUUUCCCUCUGCCGUACCGAGGACACCCGUCUGUCCGCGGUGUCGACCACAUCAGAGGCAGCCAGUGCUUCAUCAGCGCCGACCUGCACAACAGCGCAACCAUCCCUUACCAGGAAGCAGCGUCCAAAAAGUCUGCCGCCUCCCCCUCCGCUGCUGUUUCUCCUCCUCUGGCUGUAACCAAACCGUCGACAUCGCUGCUCGGCGGCUGGCUGGCUCGUCUCAGGCUGCUCAGCCACUGACGGAGUCUGAACUAGUUAAAAUUUUAUUAUAUAAGACGUAUUCUUCUCAUCUGGCUCCUACAGGAGGUUGUGUAUUCUCGGCCUGAACCUCUGGAAGUCUACAGGAAAAAGGUUUUUAAGUUCGAGGCCUUCAGCGGCUGUGAACUCAGUUCAGCAAAUCAUUUAAAAAGUGAAAUACAACAGUUCAUGGAAAACCAACUUCUGGAAUGAAUCAAAGGUGUUAUGGUGGAGGAGGUCUAAAAAGUCAACGCCAGAGCAGGAGGAAACAUCAACAUCACAGUGUUCUGCUGAGUCACUUUUUUCUACAUAGACCAGGACAGUUUUGUCAAAGUUAUUCUUCAGGAUUUGUCAGUUAUCGCCAUGAACUUUUGUACUAGAGUCUAUGUUGAUGCUAAUCACUUUAAUUUCCGUCAGUCAUAGAAAAUGUGUAUAAUGUUAUUCAAUUAAAUCCCCUGGGUCUGACUGGCCGGAGGGGCUCCCCAUCUCGCCCACUCUGGCACCUGUUUACUCAGAUUUUCUACUUUUAAAGAGAAACUUGAAAAAAACAUCCCUUGAAAAUCUUGUUUUUUUUCUGACCUCGAGUGGUUUAACUUCUCACCAUGUAUCAGUGAUGUACAGGUGUACUCCAGUACCCCGUGACAUCACUGUUCGGUGAGGUUACAGGCUGGUUAAGAGGUGAAACAGACUUGAAACUUUGAACCAGAGAAGGCAGCGAAACUCUGCUGUUCAGCCUGCUGUUUUUACAUUUCUCUUUAAUUUUUUUAAUACAACAGUACAAAUGUUUUUAAAAAACAACUGAAAAAAGUCACAAUUCUAUGCUGAUCUGAUUAACUACAAAUAAAAAAACUAGCUAUGCUAUCUUAUUAAUUAAUUAAAAUUCAUUUAUGAAUCAAUUAAAAUUAAUCAUUCUCACCAGCCUCCCUCAGCUGUAGGCUACCUUGUGUUUAGCGCUAAUUAGCAAAUGUUAACAUAACAUGCUAAACUAAGAUGGUGAACAUGGUAAACAUUAUGCCUGCUAAAAUCAGCAUGUUAGCAUUGUCAUUGUGGGCAUUUGAAGGUUAAACUGAUAAGCAUUAGAUUGAGUGGCUGACUCCAGUUUGUGCACCAGUUCAGGACAUGACAGACAGUUUGGUGGAUCCGAAUGUUUUCCGCAGUUUGACUCUGGUUGCUGCAGUUCACCUGGUCCAUCAACAGAUUGAAUGAAAACAUGGACGUAGCAUCUGGGACGUCUCUCACAGUAUUUUGAAAAGACGUUUGGAAGCCUGGAGUUUGACCAACCACUAUGCCUCAGUGUGAUACAUCGAGACUCUUAUCAAGACAAACACACAAUCUGAAACAUACCUCUCUUUAAAGGAGCAGUGUGUAGGAUUUAUUGGCAUCUAGUGGUGAAAUUGUAAUUUGCAACCAUUUGAAUACAACUUGCAUCACCCUCCGUGAACGUGAACGGUCCUAUGUAGAGCCAGUGUUCGGUUUGUCCAUUCUGGGCUACUGUAGGAACAUGGCUGUGCAACAUGGCGGCCUCUGUGGAAGGGGACCCGCUCCCUCUGUAGAUAAAAACGGCUUAUUCUAAGAACGAAACGAAAACACAACGAUUCUUAUUUUCAGGCGAUUCUACACUAAUGAAAACAUACUUAUGAAUAUUAUACUCCAUUUCUGCCAAUAGCUCCUCCUAAAUGUUACACACUGGACCUUUAAGCCUUAAAGACACUUAAUAGGAAGUGAAUUUAGCUGCUGAAACCUUAACAAUUUGUAUUGACUUUUUUUUUUAAAUACAGCUGAUAAAAAGUAUGUAGACAGUGGCAUCGAAGAAGUAUGGAAAUAUCUAUACCAGUUCUGAAUUUGAACCACUUUCUAAUAUAUGAAAUCUGGGAAUCAGUUAACGAACACACUUUUCAAUGUUGAGAAUGCUGAAAACAAACAAAGUUUGGACCUGCUGAGUCACCAUACAGGACAUAAAACUCAAGGAAAAACUAGUGGAAAACAUAAAUAAACAUUCAAAUUGUGCAUAGAAACAUAAAAUAGUUACACUUUAUUGUUUUGGGCCUUUUAACCCCUCCAAAAAAUCGCAAAAUACCUCAAAAGUUUUUGUUUUCAACAGAUUUUGGUUUCUAUUUAUUGCUCAAGUUAUAUGGAAAGAUUCAAUAAGCAGAAUUAGAAUCAGUAAAACAGUCCCAUUUUUUUAGAGAUUCAAGGCCUUGACAUCAAGGUUUGGAUUCAAAGAGCAAAUAAUCAAACCUCAGUGUAUUUGUAGUUUAAAAAUGGUGAAGCAUUUCUAAACAUCAGAGCUGCUGAUGCAUCUUGUCUUUUCCUCUUAAUCUCAGGAGCCGUUAGUGCCUCUCGUAUCUAGACUUUUACUGUUUGUAAAUAUGUUUCAUAGAUUGUAUUUUAUAACUUCAGACCAAAUUUCGAAAGAAAGAGUGUGCAGAAAUACAAGAGCUCAAUAUUGUUACUAAAUAUUUCUGAAGCUUCACAAAAGUCUUGUUACAACAGUCAUAACAAUAUAAACUUGUUUUUAGGAGAAAUAAUUAAUUAAUAGUUUAAAAAAACAGUCACAGGGAGCAUGGCAAAUAAAAUCAUUAAUACAAUGUUAAUCAACACAAAGUUUACCAAUAGGGUUUUUUAUGACUUACAUACAUUUUAAGAAAGCUGUCUUAAAGUUAUUGUAAAUAAAAACAAAAUUAUGUCUUCCUAUAACAAUUCAUAAUGUAGAAACUUUCAAAUUUGUGUUAAAGUUGUUUUGACUCAAACUGAAGAAAACAUGAACCCUCACAGCAGCUGGUGAAGCUUCGCAAAGAGAAAAUGUUUUUGAAUUGUGCUUGUAUUUUGGUUUAAGAGUGAAAUUUUAGUGUUUAAUUCCAAAAUGCCAUGUUGUCCAUUUAAAGAUUUUACCUUCUAAAUCACAAACCUACACUUGAGUUUAUUCUGAAAACUGUUGCUGCCGUCACCUGGCAGAGUUGUCUGCAGAUACUUUGACGCAGGUCUGCUGGAAGCUGCUUAAACAUUCAGUUAAAACUAACUGAUCUCAAGUAUUUCAGGUGUGGCUUACUGCGGUCUAAAAAAACCUUCAGUGAUUCUUCUAAAGGUUCUUUAAAGAACUCCUGUGUGUUUGAGGUUUUUUUCAUGUACCAUUAUUAAAAAAAACAUUCUGAAGGAGUUCCUCAGGGAAGCAUCUUGGAUCCUCUGAUGUUUUUAAUCUGAGAAGCUCCUUACGUUUCCUCAAAGAUCGUUCGUGUUUUGUGCCUUUAUGCUAACAAAACAUUAUGCAAGAGCUACGAAAGCUUCUACAAAAGAUUAUCAGAGUGUAAUGGAAACUGUAAAUAUCACAGAGGCAACCUUGUAUGUUCUUUGCUGGAUAACAUUUCUUUAACAUUUGAAGAGUUUAGAGGUUUGGUUACUGAACAUCACAUUUCUAUUUAAAGUGAGACUAUGUAACUUUUUAAAGAGGAAAUAAAAAAUUCUUAAUUUUACAAAUUAAAAGUUGAAUUUAUAAUCAGUAAAACACCUUAACUCAUUACACUCUGCUUAAGCCUUACUUGGUCUGGUAUGACCAGUAGCUUCAAACUGUUAGAAAACUUUAGAUGGAUAUUGCAGUUUAAUGACAUUACUGCAUCGGUUUUCUGCUUAUGAUCCCAUUCCACUCACUCUGUCGGAUCACCUAAUGAUGGCUGAAGAGUCAUGGGAAAUGUAGGAAAAUCCAACGUGCCAUCAUGCUGUAAUUACCACCUGUGGCCACAGUCGCCACUGUUGAGCAAAAGUUACAUAGUCUAGUUUAAAAUGAAAAUUCAUGACUGGUUUAUUGUUGGAUGAUCCUGUUUGUAUCAUUGAGCCAAACUACAUGUAUCAUAAUUUGAAUCUAUUUUGUCCUAUUAAGUGUUUUGUAAGAGUCACUUUGUCUAACUGGUUCUUCAUAUGUAAAUCUGAAUUAUCCCACAGCUCUGCAGUAUGACGCCUCUGUGAUGCUUUGUAACUUGUGAAAAAUAUAAAAAAUAAAGUGCAAUUUAUUUUGAAA